CUCUCUCGCUCUCGCUCACGUCUCACCCUCGCUGCCUCUCGCUCUCUGCCUCCUCUUCUCUUGCUCGUCCGCUCGCACUCCAUAACUCUCUUCCUCUCUCUUGCGUUCGCUCGCCCUCGCUGGCUCUCUCUUGCUCUCGCUCGGGCUCGGCCCCUAUUGCGCUCGCUCGCCCUCUUCUCUGCCUCUCUUGCUCUCGCUAGCCCUCCGGCUCUCGCUGCCUUUCUCUCGCCCUCGCUGUCUGCCUGACUCUUCUUUCUAUCUUUUUUCCUUGUUACAGCUAACAACUACUCUCACUCUGACCGUCCCCUUAUCUUCGUUCCCCCUUGCCGCCCGGUUACUAGGUGAUCAGUGCCGCCGCCGUCGAAUCACAAACACAAACUGGGCUGAGCCGCCGUCGAUUCACAAACACAAAUCGACGUUUCCGUGCUCGGUGCCGCCUUUCCGUGCAACACGAAUCGUCGCUACCCCUUCCAGCCGUCGAUUCACAAACACAAACUCCGAGUGCUCGGUGCCGCCAUCGAUUCAGCUUAAAGGGAAUGGCUGAUAUAGAAGAGGAAGUAAACCUGAAAUCUGGCAGUCUGAGGACAGAUAAGAAAAAGAAAAGAAAGAAGUUGUUAUUGCAGGAAGCUACAGCAGCUGAAAUGGCUGAGAUAGAAGAAGAGGCCAACAUGACUACACUUAAAGAGGAAGCAAACCUGGAACCUAGUGAUGUGAGGAUGGAUAAGAAAAAGAAUAGAAAGAAACUGUUAUUGAAGGAAGCUGCAGCGGCUGAAAAACGUGGGAUUUGCUACUUGAGCAGGAUUCCUCCACGCAUGGAUCCUCUGAAGCUACGUCAGAUUCUCUCUCAAUAUGGAGAAAUUCAGAGAAUUUAUCUUACACCUGAAGAUCCUGCUGCUCAGAUUUACCGUAAAAGGGCUGGUGGGUUUCGAGGACAAGAAUUUUCGGAAGGAUUAUCAUGUGCAAUCAUAUGUAGGUGGGUUGAAUUCUCCAAAAAAAGUGUCGCCAAGAUGGUUGCAAAGAUGUUAAAUGGUGAACAAAUAGGUGGGAAGAAGAGGUCAUUGUUCUAUUAUGAUCUUUGGAAUAUCAAGUACUUGAGUAAGUUCAGGUGGGAUGAUCUUACAGAGGAGAUUGCUUAUAAGAAUGCUAUUCGAGAGCAGAAACUAGCAUUAGAAAUUUCUGCUGCCAAGAGGGAACGGGAUUUAUAUCUCUCUAAAGUUGAUCAGUCUCGUGCUUUAACCUCCAUACGAGAAAGAAUAAAGAAGAAGCAAAAGGUCCAAAAUGAGUUGGGGAUGGCUUCGGAGCUAGCCCCAGAGCAGCAGGCGCCUAAGGUGAUUAGGCAAUUCCCACAAACACGGCCUGUGGAUAAUGCUGAAAAAAGCAAACCUCGCCUUUCUAAAGACAUCCUGGCUGGAGUAUUUGGUGUUUCUUGAAGUUUAAUAUGCACCCUCAUAUUAGGUAGGUAAUUUACCUUACCUUUCCUUGGAGGCGGCUGGAAAUUCUCAAAAUCCUAGGAUUUCACCAAUUAGCAUCACUGACUGCUAACUUGUUUGAUCUGAGUUAUGAAACAACCAUUUCAGUGAAAGCAUGGCCAAAUGAGAUCUCUCUGCACUGCCUCCCCAAAAGUAUGCCCUUUUUGUUUUGUUAAUUAUUUGUUCUCUUGUAUAAUAAUUGAUAUAUUCUCUCAUUGCCUGCUUGCUAUGGCAAUGAUCAAAUCAUUAUAUGGACGGUGCCUAUUGUGGUGGCCAAUAUUUGCAGAAUUAUUGUCCUGAGGCAAACGGUUUCUAAUACAGAAGUCAAGUUCUCUUGUGAGUUACAGCACUUUUGAUUGAUGGAAUGAAUUUGAGGCGCUGUAAAAGUAUUCUUAAUAGAUGCAAACAUUUAUUUUUUUGUUC